AUGAUGCAGAGAAGUAAAGGAAUUUGUCUACCUCUAGUCUGGAAUACCUGUUUUACACUCACUUGUCUCAUAAUGCUGAUUCACGACAAAGGUAAAUACUUUUACGGUUUCUUGUUAAAUUUAUAAAACCGUUUCUUUCUGAUGGAAAAAACACCUUGUUUUUUGCGUAUCAUUACACACCAUUUAUCUGUAUUAGUAUUAUGCUCUUGCUUUCCUUUGACGCCAAAUCUUACACCCGAAGAGCGAUUUCACUGUAGUUUCUCGUUAGUAUAUUGAACCGCGGUGGUGCAAAUAGUCCCACUCAGUAAAUCGACAUUAUCACCUAAAGAAGACCUUCAGAAUGAGGUCGAAACGUGGCGAUGAUGUAACUGACUAUCGUACAGCAAACGAUAAAAAUGCUUGAUUUUGACCUUUAAGAGAUGACGUUACUUAUUAUUUACGAGCUGAAAGAGAUGUUCUUGUUGUAAAAUAUUUUUGAAUAUGAAUAAAAAACGUUGAGCUGUUCUCUUAAUUGAUCCAUCAUUAAUUUGCCAGAUACUUGCGACUUUUCAGAUGAUCACGUUGCAAAAAACAAAAAACAAAAGACAAUGAAUUUUUUCCAUGUCAAAUUUCGAUGUAGUUUUUUUCUUUAAAUAACUCAGGCCCCGUCCACUCGAAUCCGGAUAUUUUUGAAACCGCACCCUUUUUUAUACAAAUUUAAUCGGCCUUCCGUCCACACGAAACCAGUGAAUCCGCUCACUGUAACCGCAUAUUUUUGAAACUGCUCUCCGGAGUGGAUUUUUUUUGGAUCCGAGGGGUUUGGUAAAUUCGUGUGCACCACUGAAACCGGGUAAUUUUGAAGUCAACUCCGUCAUAAACGCAGGUCCAGUCUUAAAUAAAAACUUUUAAGCUUAAAAUGGCGGCCAACAAUGUUCUGUUUGCAACUUUGCUGGCUCUUUUCGCCAGUGUUAUUGCAUGUGUACCGUUGAGAUCACUUUUACUAUUUUGACGAAAACAAUUACCUAUUUCAAAAGAAGACUUGAUAUAAUCUCGUCCAGAUUUUAGAAUCUUUUAGUUCAAGACGAAGGGUCGACAAACGAUUUCGGGUUGUUUCAGCGCGAACAAGUGGCUCGUGGGACAACGUACAAUCAGGCCUGGCCAUUGUGCUAGAUACAGCUACUACAACAUUCAAAAUGCCUUGAAAUGCCACUCGGUUCACGCGUGCCUACUAGCUAGUAUUAAAUUAGCAAAUGUAAAUCACAGAAGCGUAUUCGUGUGGAUGGGCGAAUCCAAACCGGAAACGUCAAACUCCGAAUUCUUGUUGACGCAAUAGAUAGAUAGAUUAAGCAUCACCUUUUCGGCAAACGGCACUGACAGCAAACGUGAAUUUGUACCACGUGACCAAGUUUUCCAUUUACUUAUCGUUUACUGUUCAUUAUAAUUACACGAAAAUCGGUCGAUUCACACCAAUUCUAUCCACAAAAAUUGUUUUAAACUGUUUUUAUCCGCUCAUUUCUCAUUUUGAAAAUUUCUCAACUUGAAUCUCACGUUUGCCGUUCGCCGUAAACGCGAUGCCCAUAAUCUCUAUAAUAUCAAGUGUGCGGUUUCAGCGUAUCCGGAUUCGGGCGAGCGUGGCCUUACUCAAAAUAGGCUCAGAGCUUACGGAUUCAGUUACUGAUCGUAGAAUAACUUCUUUGACUUAUUAUUGUUUAGUUUUUUUGCUUGAAACUUUAAGCCUAUACAGGAGCGAAUUACAAGAAGGUACGGAUGAUGUCUUUGACUUAUCAUAUUUUUUGUUUUCUUUGCUUUAAACUUUAAGUCUCAGCAGGAGUGAGUUACAAGAAAGUAGGGUGCUACAAAGACAACGGACAGAAGAAACGACCUCUUCCACAGCUUCUAUUUACAGAUCGUCACUACCUGUCUUCUGUAUACAGUGGCAGGAAAUUUAUCAAGGACAGCUUCGAUCGAUCUUAUCUUGAUGACCUGGUUGGACGAUGCGCCUCAAAAUGUAAACAGCUCGGUUACGAUAUUUUCGGGAUAGGGAAAUUUGGUAAGGGGGUUAAUGAGACGUUGACUCUUUCUCUCUCUAUUCUCUUUCCCUAGUUUAUGUCCAGGUCAUUAUAAUCGAAAUGAGCGUCAUCUUGUUUCUUUUCAUAGUGACCUCAAGUAUACAGAGAUUACGUUUUUAGGUGUAGCGACAGUGCAAGGAAUCUUGUCGUUUUAUGGCCCUUAAAGGAUAUAGUGUUAUCUUUUUCCCAUGUUAAUCACGUCGUCAACUUCUUCUUCAUUUCUCUAAAUUAGCUUUUAUAUUUCUGGCUGUAGCUUCUGGACAAGGCUUUGCUAAAAAUAGUUCUCAAUUUUAACCUUUGGGAAGCUUGGUAUUUGGCUUCUAAUUACCAUAGUUUCCUUCUCCUUUUAAUUACCAUAACUUGUUUCAAGAAACCAAUUAAACAUUUAGAAGGAUGCAGUGCUUUAUCCUCUAUCGCGGCUAGGUACAUGUACUUCGAAGUCCGUGGUUAAACGUAUCCAGCUGCGCCUCCUUUCCAAUCUACUUCUCCUGGCUUAUCUUUGAAUGGACAAAUUCAGGUCCCGUCCACACGUAUCCGGAGAUUUUUGUAUCGGCAAAUUUUUUUAUGCGGAUACAAAAAUAUCUGCGUCCACACGUAGCGUAUACGAAUCGUAUACGACCGUCCACACGUAUCCGAUUCGUAUCCGGACAUCUCAAAGGAUUAGUCAACAGAGCAUGGAAAAUCUCGCGCGGAAAAAGACUGGUUCUGAUACUGUGACGUCAGCGUAUACAAAAAUCUACGGAUACGAGCGUCCACACGUAUCCGGAUACACAGCGUAUACAGAAAUUUCCACUCUGGAGAGCGUAUACAGAAAUCUCCGGAUACACCGAGCGUAUACGGUGGACACGUGUGGACGCUAGGUGUAUCCGCAUAAAAAAAUUUGGGGAUACAAAAAUCUCCGGAUACGUGUGGACGGGGCGUCAGUGCAAUUUAUGAUUUCAUGCCACUCAAAAACGCUGACCUAGCAAACCCAAGACACGAGUUUUAGUCGUAAAAAGCCAAUCAUUUAGCAACUAAGCUGUACAUGACUUAUCUUAUUAUUUGUAUAUGUUUACAGCGGAAUGUUACUCUGGCGAUGGCGCAUACAAGACAUACAAGAAUGAUGGUCCAACUAAACAGUGCUAUACUUCUAAAUACCAACCAUGCAACUUUGAAUGUGAAAGCGUACCGUGCGCUGGAAGUAUACAUACUAUUUUUGUGUACAAGUUAGGAACACGUAAGUUUGUAUUACUACCAUGCAUAUCUAUUAUAGCAGCCUUUUAGUUUCCCAAAAGCUGUUGUACUCAUUAAGAGCAGGGCUUAAAACUAAACACGAAUGCCACGCGCAAUGCGCAAUUAAAUGGACGAACACGAGGCGCGUUCUACCUUCAGCAAGAUUUUUGAUUAAUAAACCAUAAAUUUCAUAGUGACUCCAAGGCUUGGAAAGAAUAAGAAUAAGGCUUUUCUUGUUGUUGUUGUUGUUGUUUUUUAAAUUUCCUGUUUAAAAUUUUAUUUCCUUGCCUACUUCUUUCCUUUUUGAUACCAAAAUAUUGCCGGCUUAGGCAACAUUUCUCUAUUUUUUAAACAUUUUUCUACCUCUCAUCAACGAAAUAUUCUAAAAUAUUUCUACCUCCGGUCGAUAAAAAAAAGUCAUCAUGUCGUUAACUGUGAUCAGGUGGCUCACACUAUUCUGUUGAAGAAGCUUUGAAUAAUAUGCGUUGUAUCGAGAGGCGAUGAAUUCUUUCCACCUUUUUUUAGCCUCCUUAGGCUACACUUCCAAGCUAAGCGUGUUCGUCUCCCACAAGGUCAACUAGCCAUCGUUGAAUAUGUUUGCAUGAUCAGUUUUUGCUGAUGCAAGUGGUACGCAUUAGCAUGGGUUGUCUACUAGCUUUUCUGGGGUACCCCUUUUAUUUUACACCUUCGUGUUUUAGUCUUAAUCAGUGGUUCCUAGAGAGCUAGAAUGAGCUUAAACUCUCUUGGUAGUUCUUAUGUAAGAAAGCGUUAUGAUCUCUUUUAUUGCAGCAAGCAAGACGUCUUCCUCGUGUUCUUCUUCGAAAGCUUCUCCACGGCCAGGUGCUACUAUAUCUACUAAAUCCACGCAGCCCACAGGUUCACCCUCUAAACGUAAGUGAUAUUAUAUAUACUGUACAUCAACGGGGUGGUCAAGUCCCGCCUAAAUAUGCCCUGUUUUCGUUUUAGAAAACAUAGACUAGGGUUCAUAAAUACUGUACCCUCAACAUCCGGGCCCUGGGCCCCCGAUAAGACGGCGGAGUCACGUUUAGACCAUUUUAACCCGGUCACCCCGCCAUUUUCGUCCCAGUCCUACCACUAGCUAGCAGCAGGUGUUCUCGGUAGUCGCGAUUUACUCUUGUAGCAGUCAAACCGUUUUCCUCAGGCCAGUUAGAAUUCUUACUUGUUAUCUUAACGAAAAGCCGAAAAAGGCAUGUGCUCCUUACAGGCGUCUACAGGUGAGGAUUAACUAGAUACAAACAAUGUCAUGUGGUCUUUCCGGGUGGUAAGCUUGUUGCUAAGCUGAAUGGUGGGUUUCCAAAGAAUCUCCAAUUUGUCACGAUCCUUUUCUUUUUUUUCUUUAGGAAAAAGUUUAUCCACGCGCAGUAGUUUGUCAAGGCCAACAAAAUUACCAUCCAGAGGAAGGACCUUACCCACAAGGGAAACGUUACCAACUACGCAAUCAAAAACUCCCGGAUGUAAGUAUGAGAAACGGACAGUUCAGAAUUGAAUAACUGGUUUUUACUUAUUACAGUUAAUCAAAUUUUUUUUGAAGCAAAUGAGCGGGGCCUCUGAUUUGAAUAAUCGUUUUAAAAUGAUAAGCAUAAACAAUCGAACCACCUCUACCAAAUGGCUACCUCUUAACAAGGGCUACUUUUUCUUGUCCCGGCGAACAGUCCAUACACUAUGAAGCUUUAGCAACGACGACGAUGACUGCAGCGACAUCACUGUUAAAUGUCAAUCUUAUCAAACUUUGUCGCGCUUAUUCCAACUUGCUUAAAAUGCCAAAGGGACUGGAGAAUUUCCCUGGAGUUGAAUUCUUGGGACCGCGCCCAAGUUUACAAGGAGAAGGAAAAAUUCGUCCUCGUGAAUUACGUCUACUAUAAAAAGCCGCAUAGGAAAAUUUCACGUCAUAAAUGUCGUGCAGUGAUGGCAAAGAAAUUUACCAAAAAGACUGAUGCUUGUACAAAAUUGUCAUUUUACUCGCUAAACCGUAAUUUUCUGAUGUUCUCGUUGCCGCUGUUGUCGUGGGUGUAAGAUCCCUCAGUAUUAACCGAUACAGACCUCCUGAAAACCGUAACUGCCAUUUUAAGCAUGUCCCAACUGCUAGAACCACCUCCCUACAACGCCUAUUCAAACGUGAAGAAUACGCAAGCUUUUUUUUCUUAGCCUUUAGUUUUGGUUUAUUGAUAUAUUUUCAUUGCGUUACGUAUCAUAUAUGCUUUUAUUAUAGUAACCUUUUUUAUAAAUUUUUAUCUUUUCAAAAAAGUUAAAAUUGUGCUUCAUAUUACACCCCUAAAUGUACUUCCACAACUUACACUGUACCUUUGUUCCCAUGCUGGCCAUUGUAGAGACGCUCGGCUGUAUGACGUAUGAAGGGUUUAACCUAACUGUAUAUCAUAAUAAAAAUUAUUAUGUCGUUGCGCCAUGCGAAUUUGGUUUGCGAAAUACGACUAGUAGAAGUGCAACUCUGCCAUCAACAGGCCUCAAAUAUCGUGUAAGCAAUUUGUACAUGCUUAACAAGUCUUAAAUCGCUUAUUUAAGAUUGAGGAAAAAAGAAACGAUGGCAGGUUUGCUUUCAUGAUAAAAAGUACUACUGAAAACAAAACUCUUGACAGGACAAGAGUGAAUUUAAAAAUAUACACAGUCUAAACGCGUUGUACUUCUUAAUAAAAAGAAGUUAAAUGGAAUUGUUGUACAAUAGAUUACGAAAAAACAAAUCAAACAACCUGUCACCGUUGUUUGCAGGUUGCACGGUAUACAGACCGAUUCCUUCGAUUUGUCCGCCUCAGUGUCAGACGUCAUGUUCAGAAGUUUGCCCUUCAACUUGUUGCGUAG